AUGGAGGCCGAGUCUCAAGCAGAGAACAUGAAUGAGGAACAAACCUACGAAUGGGAAAGCAUAACAGCAGAGCUAAACAUCAUAAAACCAGUGAAUGAGAUUCAAAUAUGUGACGUCCUAGGCAAGAGUCUCGACAAACUGGGAAAAUGGGAAGCAUUCAACGAAAUGUACGCGAAACAGAUGGGUUUCGGCACAAGAAAAGAUAAUGUACGACGUUCUCACGGAGUCAUUGUAAUGCGCAGUGGAGGUUACGAGAGAAUGCCAUGUCAACUUCGAGAUGUCUACAGCAGGGUUGCUGGUGCCAAGCGAGAAGAAAAUAUAGAGACGGACUCGGAAGGAGCGUUGGGAUUUCUUGAUUGUCUCGCACAGAGGGAUCCAAAUUUCUUCGUUGUAUAUCAGGUGGAUGAGGAGAAUCGAUUGGCUAACUUAUUUUGGGCAGAUGGAAACUCACGUGUCGACUAUGUGGCUUUUGGGGAUGUACUAGGGUUUGAUACCACCUACAUGACAAAUGAGUACAAUAAGCCUCUCACUGUUCUCAUUGGCGUAAACCACCAUUUCAACACAUGCAUCUUCGGGUUCGCUCUCCUCCUCCACGAGAAGCUUCCAUCCUAUCGUUGGCUACUUCAAAAAUUUCUCGAAUGCCGUGGAGAUAAGAAGCCAAAUGUUGUAGUUACUGACCAAGAUGUGGCCAUGAAACAGGCCAUCAUGGAACACAUGCUUGAUGUUACACACCGUCUAUGUGCUUGGCAUCUCAAUACAAAUGCUUCCAAAAAGGUUAAAGAUCCGAUCUUCUUGAAAAGAUUUAAAGAUCUAAUGUACAACUACUACUACGAGGAGGAGGAUUUUGAAGCAAGAUGGUUAGAUGUCGUCGAAACCCAACAACUAACAGAUAAUGAAUGGUGCCAAACAACAUUCGACACAAGAAAACAGUGGGCAGAAACUUAUUUAAGGGGUUUAUUCAUUGCAGGAAUGAGAACCACACAACGUUGCGAAUCGAUCAACUCAGCCCUAAAAAAAAUUUUAGAGAAGAAUUAUUGCUUGCGUGAAUUUGUAACAACCAUAGAUAUGACAGUCUCAAAGCUCAGACACAACGAGACUGCAAAUGACUUCAAAAGCAUAUGCACUCGACCUCACCCACCUAAUCCUACAUGCUUGACCACGUACUACAACCAAUGUGCUGAAUUCUACACAAGAACUAUGUACCACAAGGUUGCUGAGCAGCUUGAUUUAGAGAAUAAUUAUUUUGUCAUAAGUCAGGAGCAAGAAGGAGAGUGGCAAAUAUACACCAUUGGAAAGUUUCAGCAUCCGGAAGUCCAAUACCGAGUUCAUUACUGUGAAGGCCAACGAGCACUACACUCAAAAACAGAGGAUUCGUACACGCGUGCAAAGGAAGAGAUUGAACGGCUAACUCUAAUGUUCAAGGAAGAAUUAGAGAUGAGUUCCAAUCCAGAAGGACAGACACCACAACCUGGAAGAUAUCGUAACAACCCCAACAUUAUUAAAGACCCUGAAGUUGUGAGAACAAAAGGUACGGGAAAUCCAAGGGAAGGACCGAACGGGGAGCAGAUCCCAAGAAACUCAAGACAUUGUCGCAUUUGUCGCUCAUCAGGCCAUGAUUAUCGACGGUGCCCAAACCGUCAACAGAAUACUGGAUCUCAGGGGCAACAGUCAGCACACAAUCAACCAACAACUGACUCAUUCAAUGAACACUCCAACGCGUAUUUCCCUGAACCGCCUUCCUCCACACAAGAAUCAUACUAUGGUCAUUCAUAUAUAUAA